GUCACAGCAUUUGUGUAGCUAAGAACAGAAGCGAGUAUUUUACGCCAUCUUGGAAACACUUUUCGAGAAGAUUUCAGCAGUUUCAUGGUAGCUAAGUAGAAGUGGAUCCUUCUACGCCAUCUUGAAAAUACUUUUUUGUGGAGAUAAAGGCAGUUUGACAAUGACGGGGCGAGGCAAAGGCGGUAAGGGCAAGCCCAUGGGUGCAAAAGGACGGAGUCGAUCAAACAGAGCUGGGUUGCAGUUCCCGGUCGGCCGUAUACAUCGCUUCAUGCGAAAGGGUAGAUACAGUGAGCGUAUCGGGGCCGGGGCACCCGUCUACAUGGCCGCGGUCUUGGAGUACCUGGUGGCCGAGAUACUGGAACUUGCCGGCAAUGCUGCCCGGGAUAACAAGAAGUCUCGCAUCGUACCAAGACAUCUGCAGCUCGCCAUUCGCAAUGAUGAGGAGCUGAAUAAACUGCUUACGGGUGUGACCAUCGCUCAGGGUGGAGUGCUACCGAACAUUCAGUCUGUACUCCUGCCGGCAAAGUCGGCCAACAAGGCGGCCAAAGCCAUGGCUGCCCAGAGCCAGGAAUACUGA